AUGGGAAGAUGCUGCUGGAUUACUAAGGAUAUGAUUGAGAGGAAAAUCAACCCCGAUGUUGUUACUUUCAGUGCAUUGAUAGAUGCGUUUGUGAAAGAGGGGAAGCUUUUGGAAGCUGAGAAAUUGUACGAGGAGAUGAUCAAAGAGUCGCUAGAUGAGGCCAAGCAGAUGUUUGCUUUAAUGGUUAGCAAAGAUUGUCUCCCAAACGUAGUGACUUAUAGUACUCUUAUAAAUGGAUUUUGCAAGUGUAAGAGGGUAGAGGAUGCCAUGGAACUCUUUCGUGAGAUGUCUCAAAGAGGAUUGGUUGGAGACACAGUCACUUACAACACUCUAAUCCAAGGGUUUUUCCAAGCUGGAGAUUGUGAUAAUGCCCAAGCAAGUUUUCAAACAGAUGGUUUCUUGCGUGUGCCUCCUGAUAUUUGGACAUACAACAUUUUGUUAGAUGGGCUCUGUAAAAACGGGAAGCUAGAAAGCAUUGGUCAUAUUCCAGGAUAUGCAAAAGAGAUUCGUGUAGAAAGGUUUAAAGGAGGAAGCAAGUGCCUUGUUCAGGAAAAUGAAAGAAGAGGUCCUCUCCCAAAUAGCGGUACCUAUAAUACGCUGAUCAGGGCACGCCUUAGAGAUGGUGACAAAGCCGCAUCAGCAGAACUCAUCAACGAAAUGAAGAGCUGCGGUUUUGCUGCAGAUGCUUCCACCUUUGGCUUAGUCACUAAAAUGUUGUCUGAUGGGAGACUGAACAAGAGCUUCCUCGAUAUGCUUUCUUAA